CGCUGAAUCCCGUUCGUUUAUAAAUAGAUUAGGCUGGAGAGAGACACUCUACAGUUGUCCAGCAGCAGCAGCAGCAUCCGUUGUUGUUGUAGUUGUCGAUAGUGCGUACGUGACCCAUUUGAACUGUGUACAAUGUGUUUUGGCAUGACGUGGAGAUGCGUAUAGUACGAGGAUUGCUCUUAGUCUGCGCCAUGAGCGCCGCUUGGGCAUUGGCUGUAGAAGAUGUGGAUGAUGAAUUAAAGUAUGAAGAGCCAACGGUGCUCAUAACACUGCUCGUGCGCAACAAAGCACACAUAUUGCCAAUGUUCUUGAGCUAUCUCGAAAAGCUCGAUUAUCCCAAAAAACGCAUUGCCUUCUGGUUACGCUGCGAUCACAACAGCGAUGACACCAUUCAAUUGUUGAAACAGUGGCUUCAGCACUCGGGCAAACUUUAUCAUAGCAUCAACUAUGCAUUUAAUGAUGACACAACGAGUUAUCAAAAGGAAACCUCAGCUUAUGACUGGCCCGUUUCGCGUUUCAAGCAUUUGAUUGCCCUGAAAGAGGAGGCGCUGGAAUAUGCACGCAAUAUCUGGGCUGACUAUGUAUUCUUUUUGGAUGCGGAUGUGCUGUUGACAGAGCCACAGGCACUCAGAACUUUAACAGCGCUCCGGUUACCAAUUGUGGCGCCCAUGCUGCUGUCGGAGAGUCUCUAUUCGAAUUUCUGGUGUGGCAUGACUGAUGAUUAUUACUAUCAACGCACUGCGGAAUACAAGGAUAUCUAUCACAGUGUUAAGGUCGGUGUCUUUGAAGUGCCCAUGGUACACACUGCUGUCCUGGUCGAUAUGAACUAUGCGGGUGCACGUUACCUAACCUUUGAUCGUCAGCGUCUUGUGGAAAUGCAAAAGAAGUUGAAGACAGAAGUGCGUAUUUACGACGGUCCCCUAGAUGAUAUCAUUGUGUUUGCCAUGUCUGCGAAUAGUUCCGGUGUGGCGCUCCACGUCUGCAACAAGCUGCCCUUCGGCUAUAUAACACAGCCACUGGAAACCACUGAUACAGUCGAACAGGAUCUGCAGCAGUUGGUCAAUUUGCGGAUUAAUAUGGUGCAUGAUUUGGGCGCAGUGCCGCCAGUGCAGAAUUAUUUGCAGCAUCAUCUGCGGUUGCCGGCGAAGACCAAAUUGGAUUUCGAUAAUAUCUUUAUGAUCAAUCUGCAGCGUCGUCCGGAGAGGCGCGAGAAAAUGGAGCAGCUGUUCAAUGAGUUGGGUCUGGAAGUGGAGCACUUCGAAGCCGUUGAUGGCAAGCAGCUAAAUGCACAGCUUGUCCAGGAAAUGGGCAUUAGUUUUCUGCCCGGGUAUGAGGAUCCGUAUCAUCAUCGACCCAUGACAAUGGGUGAAAUCGGUUGCUUUCUCAGUCAUUAUCGUAUCUGGCAGCAGAUUGUGCAGCGUCAGCUGCGCCAAGUGCUCAUCCUGGAGGACGAUGUACGCUUUGAGCCCUACUUCAAAGGGAAUGUGCAAAGGGUGCUCCAGCAAGCCAGUAAAUUCGACUAUGACCUCAUCUAUUUUGGACGCAAGCGUUUGAAGGAUGAGAGCGAACCGUGGGUCGAGGGCACCGAUAAUCUCGUCCAUGUUGGCUACUCCUAUUGGACGCUGGGCUAUGUUAUAACACUGCCAGGUGCUGAGAAACUGUUGGCGGCUAAGCCGCUGGAGAAACUCAUUCCAGUCGAUGAAUUCCUGCCUGUCAUGUUCAAUCGGCAUCCGCAAAAGAAUCUCAGCGACGCUUUUGAGCCGCGUAAUCUCAUUGCAUUUAGUGCUGCACCGAUGCUGCUUUAUCCCAUCCACUAUACGGGAGAUUCGGGUUAUAUAUCCGAUACGGAGGAUUCCCAACAAGUCGUUGUCACUCUCGAUGGUGAGGCGCAGUUGAAAAGCGAUCGUCAGCAAAUCUUUGCCAAAGAGAACGAAAUGAAUAUUCUCGAUCUGGAGCAGGAUCUUAAGUUGGGCGAGAGCAGCCAUGGCAACACUUUGCCCCAAGUGAGCAUCAGCAAGACCCAUCAGGAGCUCUAAAAGCUAAUCAACAAUUUCCAAAAUGCCAAAUUCAUAGAAUAUAACUAACUAAGUCUUUAAAAGUCUGUACCAAAUGUGCCUUGUCUAACGCUACAAUUAAGCUAAUUGCAUAAUAAAUAUCAACAACUACCAAUUACUAAUAAUGAAAAAUCGGACGAGAUAAUUCAUAUGUGUAUUUAUUAUAAUAAAUAACACUAUGCAAAUA